AUGGUGCUUCUGACUUCCUCCACUGUCUCAGUCAUUUUGUCGACAGGGGUGAUCUCCAUCUUCACCAUCCUCCUCUUUCUCUCCGGAUACACGCUACAGCAACAAUCCGUCCGAAACAUCCAGCAUGCGCUUCGUCCUCCUGCGCCCCCAGAGCCCAAGAUAGGCCACGGAUCAGGAGAAUCGUCAUUCCAGGGCACAAAGCGAAGCCUCUUAUCCGAUCUCGUCUCCGACGACAACCCAGACGAUAGUGGUCACACCCAGUCCCCGACAGGCGGAAACUACGCCUAUCUCCAACUCCUCUCCCACCCCGACCCAUCCAACAUCUGCUCGGCCAUCCUGUUCUUCAAACAGCUCGCCUCCAACGGCACCGCCGUCCAAGACCGUCUCUUCAUGUACCCGCAAGAAUGGGACAUGAUGGCCGCCACCAACCAGCUCUCCGAGCCCGUCUCGACCGCACUGUCCCUGUUGCGCGACGCAAGCCUCAAAUACGGCAUUUGGCUUCUCCCUAUCGACAUGACAGCCGCCACCUCCGCCGGGUACGCUCCCACCGACACCAAGCUGCUACGUCUCGGCCAGAUCCAGUUCAUGCAGUACGACAGCGUCCUGUACGUCCAGAAUCCGGGCAUGCUGCUCGACACGGGAAAGCUAGACGAUGUGCUCCUCUCACGCCCGCUGCCUCUGCGCCACGACCCGUCUCGCACAGAAUCCUUCAACAACGAGGCCUGGAUCCCCAUGCCGCUCAGAGCUGACCGCGACGCCACCUUACCCCCUGUCUAUCUGAUCACUGUCAAUAAUGUCGGCAACGGGCACGUCGAGGCCCGAGGCCAUGUGCCGAAUGUGGCGCUGCCGGGCUUUGGGCGGUUAGUCACGGGCCCCGAGGGAGCGCGUUCUUCUCCGCAGGAUGAUGAGGACGAUGAUGCUGACCCGCAGCCCGGGUAUGUCGUCUUUGAACAUGACGAUGAUGGCCAUGUCAAGUGGGCCAAGAACCCGUUGUUUGGCGCUUGGAGGGCCCAGCAGUAUCAAGUCUGUGAGGGGUUAGAUUUUGAUGACGUGCAUGAUGAUGAUUUGUAG